AAAAAAAACAAUUUAUUUUAAUAUGGUGUUUAUGAAUCGAGAAAUGUUUAAUUAAAUGUUAAUAUCUAAAAUUUUUCUUCUUAAACAUAUCCAGCAGGAGUAUUAAGCUUUUAUAUCAAUAUCAAACUCAAUUUAUUAACCUAGAAUUUAUUUUGUCGCCAGAUUACAUGUUGAUUGCCGUCGGAUCCUGCUAAGCAAGUAAUAUCAUGAUUAUAUUGUUCAAAUAUAAAAUGCAAACAUAUUUUAAGGCGAUAAGACUUCGUCUUUUCUGAUACGGAUUUUAUACUAAACCGGCGAUAUGUGAUACCUACACAAAUGUUUAUGACAGCGUGUACAGUAUGAACGGUAUCAAGCAUAACCGGCUUCCUGCAACGACGUGGAUGAUUGGUACUAUUAGUAUAUAGUGUAUGCCCAUCGCCCCGCGCGGCAAUUGCAUAUUUAACUAGUCGCAGAAUUCGUGUAAAUCGUAGACAAGUGUGCGUGAAGUGUUAUUGUAUUAGUUGACACAAUUGUGCAGAAUCAUGUCUAGUAUCAAAGCAGAAGCAACAACGUUGCAGGUGAAUGAUCGAAGUCGUCUGCUGAAAACAAAGUUUGCCGAAGUCUUCAAAUGCCCACCAGAGUUUUAUGUACGCGUCCCAGGCAGAGUAAACUUAAUUGGGGAGCACAUCGAUUAUAGCGGUUAUGGAGUGUGCCCAAUGGCUUUGCAGCAGGAUAUCCUGCUAGCUGUUUCUACUGAUAACGAGGGGUCGCUGCGAUUGGCAAAUUUGGAUGAAACCUUCGCAUCCUACGACUGUUCCAUCAGAGAUGUCUCAAUUGAUUUGACUGACGGCGCACCCCAGUGGUAUCAGUAUUUUCUAUGCGGCGUGAAGGGCAUUUGCGAAUUAAUGUCGAUAGAGGCCAGAUUAAAAGGAUUAUGUGUGAUGGUCAGCGGCACGAUUCCGAAGAGCGCGGGAUUAUCCAGCAGCAGUGCGCUCGUGUGCGCCGCUGCCCUGGCGACUGCUUUUGCUCACGAAAUCGAGCUUUCCAAGGAGGAGAUUGCGGAUGUGUGUGCCAAAUGCGAGCGCUACAUCGGCACUCAAGGAGGCGGCAUGGAUCAGGCGAUUGCGUUCCUCGCAACCAAGGGUUGCGCCAAGCUAAUCAAGUUCGAUCCGCUGCGAUCGGAGGACGUGCGGCUGCCGUCGGGGGCGGUCUUUGUGAUCGCGCAUAGCCUCGCCGAGCUGAACAAAGCGGCCACCGCCGAUUACAAUUGUCGUGUCGUCGAAUGUCGUCUCGCCGCGCAGAUAAUUGCAAAAGAAAAUGGGUUGGAAUGGAAAAACAUAAAAAAGCUAGGACAACUUCAAUCAAUUUUAAAAGUCGACCUAGAAACAAUGUGCAACUUUGUGAAAAAGCAUCUACACGGAGAUAUAUACCAAAAAGAUGAAAUAAUGAAACUGCUCGAGACAACGCCCACUGAACUGGAAAGCACUUCGUUGACUGCAAAUACUACCCGAAUGGACACAUUCAAGCUCUACCAGCGUGCCAUGCAUGUUUAUGAAGAGGCGUUGCGCGUUGAACGUUUCCACGCAGAGUGCGCCAAUUCAGUUGGCGGAGGCGCCAGCGGCGAGACAACGUUGGAGGCGUUGGGCAACCUUAUGUUAGCGAGCCAUGCCAGUCUACGCGAUUUGUACGAAUGCAGCCAUCCGCAGUUGGACCGACUUGUUGAAUUGUCUUCGGGAUUGGCAUAUGGUGCUCGUCUCACUGGAGCUGGAUGGGGAGGUUGUGUUGUUGCUCUGCUUGCGAAGGAAAAUGUCGACCAAUACAUGACAAUGUUAAAACAGAAGUAUUACAAGAGUUGUCAUCAGAUAAUUAAAAAUGGUGACGAUUCGGAAUACAAUUCGAUUUUAUUUGCUACCGAACCACAGUCUGGUGCCAGUGUUUACAUCGAUUAAAUAUCCAUACAUGAACAAACUAAUUAACCGCAGGGCAUUUAUGUAACACAGUGUAAGAAGAAAUUUAUCUUGAUUUUUUUUAUUGUUUUUAUGGUGAUGGUAAUAAAUUUAAAUAUUAUUGAUUUUUAUAUAGUAGCUACAAAUUACUAUUUUUUUUAGAAACAUAAUAAAUUAAUGUAAUAUAUGCGAUUUAAUAAACUUGUUGUCAGAAUUUA